UUUGGAAAGCUGUGGAUGACAGGGUCUCAACGCUUUGCAGCUCCAGUGCCGGGAAGAGCGCAUCAAAAGAUGCUGCCUGCGUUGGUCGCCUGCCAACGGAUGGGCUGGUUGCUUUCUUUUCUGACAAUGGCAACAGCACUCACUGGAAUGACGAGUACGGUGGUGUGGGAGCGACGGUGUCUGAGAAGGGGGUGAAGAAGGUCUAUAAUGGCUUUGAGCUGACAGGGGUUGAUGCACGUAUUUUUUGGCCGGCCGGCAGUAAUUAUAAUAAUGCACUGUACAGUCCCCGAUAUGAGGAGCUUACUGUUGUGGCGACGGUGACCAUCAACGGAGCCCCAGAGAAAAUCACACCUUUGCUGGGCGUGAGCGUGGUGGGCUCAACCUGGAGAGAACUGAAUCUGUGGUACGACGAACAUAAGCACUGGAGGACGGAGGCAGGGGAAGGAAAGGGUGCAGGAACAAUUGCGUGGGAGGCGGGGAAGGCGUACCGAGUGGUGCUCACGGUGCGGAACGGUGAAUGCACGGCGUACGUUGAUGGGCAGCUUUUGGGGAGUUUGGUGGAGAAACACCCAUUUACUUUGGGAACUCCUCCUAGGGCUGGGGUGCCUGCGCAGGAGAAGAUACCUGAAAUGGUUUCUCAAAUCUUUUUUGGGAGUGACGGGAUAAACCUGGAAGGAACAGUACGCUGCUUCACAGUGAGGAACGUUUUGCUGUACAGCCGCUGCUUCAAUGACAGUGAGGUUGCGGCACUGGAGAAGCGGGAAGACAGCGAGUCGUCGGGAGCAGCCGGCACUGACUCCGCGAAGGGCAAAGCAACCGGCAGUUCUGCAGGGGAAGACAGCGAGUCGUCGGGAGCAGCCGGCACUGACUUGGCGAAGGGCAAAGCAACCGGCAGUUCUGCAGGGGAAGAAGUUGGACGAGGCGGUGCAGCAGCGGCAGACCCAAAAAACACAUCCGUCCCAAUCACAAAGGGGGUUGGGAGCACAGUGGUGAAGGGGGCUGUCAGUGGCGACAGCACCGUCCGUGGGCAUCUGUGUGGAGUGCUGUCCCUGCUUCUGCUUCUGCUGGGGCUGUGGGGCGUUGCGGCCUUCUGUUGA